AUGGCUGUUCCGAGAGCGAAGACGCCUCUUGACGUUGUUGUGGUUGGGGCCGGUAUCGGUGGUAUGGCCGCUGCCCUGACCCUGGGUAUGCGUGGACAUUAUGUCACGAUUCUUGAAGCCGCGCCAAAGCUCGCAGAAGUCGGUGCGGGUAUCCAAGUUUCCCCAAACAUGCUGAGACUAUUCGACAAAUGGGGCAUCUCCGACCUAAUCCACGCCCAAGACGUCGGCCUCGAACACAUCCACGUGCGCCGCUGGCAAGACGGCAGCCUCCUCAAUACAAUGCCCGUCAACAAAACCUACGGCCAACAAGCCGUCAUCCACCGCGCAGAUCUGCACAACGCCCUAAUCACCCGCGCUCUAGCCCAACCCACCGUCACCCUGCGCGAGAACUCCCUCGUCACAGACGUUACCUUCGACCCCCCAAGUGUAACCCUUGCCAGCGGGGAAAUCGUCCGCGGGGAUAUCGUGAUCGGGGCUGACGGUAUCAAAUCGGGAAUUCGUGCGAAGUUGCUUGAAGAUGAUAGUGUCAAGGCGCAGCCGACUGGCGAUGCUGCGUAUCGGAUUAUGCUAGACCGGAGUGUUAUGGAGGCUGAUCCGGAGUUGAGGGAGCUUAUUCGGGAGCCGCAGGCGACGAGGUGGAUAGGGCCGUAUAGGCAUGUUAUUGCGUAUCCGGUGCGGAAGCAUGAGUUGUAUAAUGUUGUGUUGAUUCAUCCGGAUCGGCAUGGGGUGGAGGAGUCGUGGACGACCAAGGGGUCGAAGCAGAGGAUGAUCGAUGAUUAUCGUGGUUGGGAUAGCAAGGUUACCAAGUUGAUUGACUUGGUUCCUGAUGACGAGGUCCUGGAAUGGAAACUUUGCUUACACUCGCCGUUGGAGACCUGGAUCCGUGGCUGUGUCGCUCUUAUCGGUGACGCUUGUCAUCCCAUGCUCCCCUACGUUGCUCAGGGCGCCGCCCAAGCUGUCGAAGACGCCGCAGCCCUAGGCAUCCUCCUCUCAACCAUAGGUUCCCGCCACCAAAUCCCCCUCGCCCUAACCGCCUACGAGCAAUCCCGGAAGCAGCGUGCCGAGACCGUCCAGCAGUCUGGCACUGAGAACCGCAUUCCGCUGCACUUCCCUGAUGGGCCGGAGCAGAUUGCGCGCGACGAGCAGUUCCGCACGUCGAUGAGGGAGAGUAGUAAGAAUCCAGAUCGGUGGAGUGAUCGUGAGACGCAGAGGUUCUUGUGGGGGUGGGAUGCGGAGAAGGCGGCGGUGGGGGCUUGGAAGGACGUGUGCGGUAAUGAGUCUAAAGUGAGCGCGUACCUGUGA